CUCACUCCCAACUCGUCACAUAUUGAAGCUUGGUCAGGAUCCCUUUGGCGUCAAUAUUUAACUUACUGGGCACCCCUUAGGCGUCAUGUUUCAACGUUCAGGGAAUCCCAUAGACUUCUGACCGGAGCCCGUGACGUUGACAUUUGACGUGCAGGUAACCAGACCGUUGUCUGCAGCGCGUACGGGUCGAGACUACGAUAAUUAGGCAUAAAAAAGAAAAGGCUACAAUAAUUUAGUUAUGGCAGGGCAAGUCAAUUGGCGCCCCGCGUCAUAUUUAACAGUUUUUUUUUAUUUUAUUGUAAAAAUGACGUUGGUGUCUGAUAUUAAAGAGCCGCAUGUGAAACAGCAUGCAACGGUGACUUUAACAACGCUCCACCGAGUUUUGCUAGGUAAUAGGGCUGCACAAUUAAUCGAUUUUCUAAUCGCAAUUACAAUUACAGAUGCCGCAAUUAUGUAAUGUUCAAAGUGAAUUAAUCGUUUAUAGUCCACUUAUGUUAUUCUGCAUGCUGAAGAAGUUUUUUCUUUCUUUCUACAGGUUAUCUUAAGGGUUUUUUCAUUGUUUUAAUUUUAGUAUAACAUUAUAGUAGCCUACCAUUUUUUUAAGUAUAAACCAAUCGAAUGUAUAAUUGAGAUUUAUAGAUGCUAUAGAAAAGCAAUAAAGGUUUUUCAGUUAGAGUGUUUUUUAUCUUGUUUAUGUAAAAAUAUGGCAUGCAGGUUCUUCAGACAAUGGUAUAAUCAUUCAGCGUAAAUUACUGUGAUAAUCGUAAUUAACAAUCGCAAUUACAAUUUUAUGAGAAUAAUCAACAAUUAUGAUCUUUGUCAUAAUCUUGCAGCCCUGCUAGGUAAUACUGGUAUUUGUUUGUUUGUUUUUGUUUUGUUUUGUUUUUUUUAUCGGAGGCUUGUUGAUGAUAAAAACGUAUUUAAUGUGCUGUGAUUGUUUGUUUAAUGAUUAAUCACUGCAGUGCGAUGCAAUCAACCUGUUCAUUCAUUCAUUAAAUUUAUUUAUUUAUUUAUUUAUUUAUUUAUUUAUUUAUUUAUGCAUUUAUUUAUGCAUUUAAUUGUUUGUUUGGUUGUUUGUUUGAUUGUUUAUCUAUUUAUUUAUUUGUAUGUAUUAAUAAAUCAAUCAGUGGCGCUGACGUCAUCGUAAGGCGCGAUCCCAAGGUCCAGUGCGAUUUUCCACUUGGUAAGUAGAGCAGUUAAUUAAUACAGAUGGGAACAAUCCAUAUAUUUAUGGAACAAAAACCGUUUAAUUGGGUCAAGACGUUGUGUUUAGAACCUUUAGAGUUGCAAGGUAUCAGUUUAUGCAGUAAAUGACAGCAGUCAUUACAAAAUAUAACUUGCUGCACCACGUGUGCAAUAGCCUAACGUUAGCUGAGUUAGCUAAUUAAAUUCAAGCUUGUGUAUUUUUUCACAUACAAUCAUGCAAGGCAAGGUAAUAUAGGAGAUUGUAUGGUUUUUCGUUAUUAUAUGUGAUCGGUUACCCAUAUUAAGUUAGCUCGAUCACAACACUUUAGCCAUUUAUAAAUGUUCAGAUCAAGUUGCCAGAUUGGUGUGUUUUCCAGUAAUUGUUCAAAAUCCACAAUCCAAAAUUAUAAACACACACAUCUACUACAGUAUUGUGGCUCAUCAAAUGGCAUGUAAUAAAGGAAAUUAAGUGCUCUCUAAAGAAGGCUACAUUGUAAGGCUACGUGUCUGUCAUUUGCCUUAAAGAAAUAAAAGGGAACAACAGAAAUAUCAAAAUGCCACCUGUCUAAAGCUAUUUUAUUCCACCUGGUACAAACUAAUAUCUAAUUGAAAACUGACCAAUCUGCCAACACCGAUGGAAAAAAAAUACUGGUAAAAAUGUAAGGAGUUCAUUUGUUCUCUCUCUCUAUCUCUUUCUUUUUUUAUCAGGUCCUUCAAAUUCUCCCCUCCUUUAUUUUAACCUCCCUCAACACAAACAUACAAACAUACACACACACACACACAAACCAAAGGCACUUUUAAGAGCCACGUCCGUCUUGUUACCCUGCACUUGUCUGUCUGUAGCUCUCUCUCUCUCUCUCUCUCUCUCUCUCUCUGUUUAUAAUUCUAUUUGUUGUCUCUGUCCAUCUUUUUUGUAAGUCUUUCUGUCUGUUUUUGUUUCUGCCCAUCACCAUGAGUGAUUCAGAACUCCAAGAACAGUUAAUGGAGCUGGAUAAACUGGUUGAUGAUCAAGAACUCAAUGAUGAGCUCCAAAGUCUUGAUGACUUGAUUGGUGAGCUGCAGGAAGAGAAGGAAGUGGCACCAGUAAAGACACCUGAACCGAGGGUGCGUUGGAGAAAGAGAGACAUUGAUGGAAACAUUGUCUAUGCAAGGCCAAGAUCAAGCAGGAAUCAGUCAAAUAAGGCUGAUCCCAUUCGGAAAUCUGAUCCUCCCAUCAAUGCACCUGCCACUAACUGUGAGGUGACCUUUGCUCCAGAGGCUGUUGAGUCUUUUCUGCAAGAUCUCCAGCACUCACUGAGCAAUACCUCAGAUGAUGAGGCAUCAUCUCUUGAGACCUCAAGAGGUCCUCUCCUAGCUUCCUCAAACUGGAGCACAAGACAAAGUCUCUUUUCAGAGAGAUGGAGGACAGAGAGACCACGUCUGGUGAACACCGCUGCGGCACAUGAAAAUGUAGCAACACGCAUCUGCCAACAGUGUGGGAGCAAUCCAGCUGCUGUCCGCUGCAGUGACUGUCGACCACAGCCCUUUUUCUGUGCUCAGUGUGAUGUCAGUAUGCACACCAGACAUGUUCUCCAUAACAGAGAUGCCAUGACGGCUGGAUCCUACCAGCCAUUGCCUCCAACAACUUUUGUUGUAGAUAAGGCUCUUUCCCAUUGUGUACGGCUUGUACCUGUGGAGAUCCCUUACAAAAUCUGUGAUUGUUCACGAGAGUCACUAAGGGUCAGUCCAGGGAAGACUGUUGCUGUAAUCACAAUGAAUGGACGAUAUGAUCUAAGCAUGCCUGAGUUGAGUUGUGAGGCAUGCCAAGCCACGUGGGCUGCUGGAGUGGGUGAUCUAAAUCUGAGUGACUACUGGCCUGCAACCCUUCACUUUGCCACUAUUUAUGCCACAGAUGUCUUCUUCUCAUUUGAAGAAAUGAACAUGUCAACACUUUCUCAGCAUUAUUAUUAUUAUUAUUAUUAUUAUUAUUAUUCCUAAUCAGGUGAAAUGGAGUGGGGCAUAUCAGGAUGGGGCUGGUUUAACCCUAGGUGAGGAGGUGGAACAGUGCAAUGCUUUCCUGUCUAGGAUUGCAGUGACUACAAAACACAUGUCCAA